AUGGCUAACCGCUUGUUCAUGCCUCCAUCUCCAUUUCCAAUUCACCAGACUCACAAAAUAUGCUCCUCCGAAUCCAUUCUCAAAUUCCCUUUUUCUCCCGCAAUUCGUCCCCGUUCGACUCGAACAAUCUUAUGUAACUACAAUGAAUCCAACCGCAGCAACCAGAUACAGAAUCAGCCCUAUCAUGGUAUCGAGAGAUUACUUACAGACACCGUUAGGCAAUCGUCAGGUGCUUGGGGUGCUUCAAGUGAUUGGAACCAAGUCGAGGGAGCAUGGGUUCUCAAACCCAAAGGCUUGAAACCGAAUUCAGUUGUUCAUUUUCUUGGUGAUCUAUUUGUUGGAGCAGCUCCCCAACUUACUUAUCGUUUGUUUCUUGAGCGCCUUUCGGAAAAGGGUGUUCUGGUGAUUGCAACACCAUAUGCUAGCGGAUUUGAUUACUUCUUCAUCGCCGAUGAAGUACAGGCCAAAUUCGGCAGGUGCUUACGGUUUCUACAAGAAACAGAGCAUGAUCUUCCUACUUUUGGUAUUGGCCAUUCUUUGGGUUCUGUCAUCCACCUUUUGAUCGGUUCAAGAUAUGCCGUGAAAAGGAGUGGGAAUGUAUUAAUGGCAUUCAACAACCAGAAAGCAAGCUUAACUAUCCCAUGGCUCUCAACUGUUCUUGUACCAGUGGCCCAAUGCAUUGGACCAUUUCUAUCACGAAUUGCAUCGUCGCCGACAAUCCGCAUGGCGGGUGAGAUGACAGUAAAGCAAAUGGAAAGCCUUAGUCCUCCCAUUAUAAAGCAGGUUCUCCCUCUAGUUGAGCAACUUCCUCCCUUGUACAUAGACUUAGCCAAUGGAAGAGAUGAUUUUACUCCAAAACCUGAAGAAGCUCAGCGACUUAUAAAGUCAUACUACGGUGUUUCAAGAAAUCUGUUGAUAAAGUUCAAUGACGACUCGAUAGAUGAAACUCCAAACUUGGCUAAGGUGCUAAGUUCGGAGUCGGCCAUCAGUUCAAUGCUAGACAUGUCGAUUCGAUUGUUAGCAGGAAAUCAUGGGCUUCCUCUCCAACAAGUUCUUCCAGAGGUUCCACCCAUGAUAGCAGAUGCAGUUACUCGUGGAAGUGAGCUUUUGGCGAAUCUGAGUGCAGGAACACAGUGGGAGACCGUGGCCAAAGAGGUCGACAAUACAUUAGGCGUUGAGUCUAGCAUUAUACGAACGGAAACUUUGAAGGACAUUAACAUUCUGGUGGAUGUGAUCACUUCCUGGAUAGCUUCAGAUUCAGGUGCAAAACUUUGA